CAGUCGGUCAGUCAGCUGAGAGAAUUUCAAAUAUAAAGAAAUUUGUUACGGGUAUAAAAUAAAUUUUGAAAAAUUCAAUAAUUUGAAGUUUUGUUUUUUAUUUUUUUUUUUUAUUUUUUCACUACAAAAAAUAAACAUUCAGAAUAUAUGUACAUAUGUAAAAAAAAAUAAUUAUUUCUUUUUUAUAUUUUAUUAUUAAAGUUUAAAUAUGAAAAUAUAUUAAAAUUUUAUCAUUCCAAAAUAAAGUGAUUAUCAAAAUUGUUCUUAAUUAACCAAGUUAUUAUUAAAAUGGGUUGCUGUUUUGUUACCUACUCAAUACUCAAUCCAAAACAGAAAACUGUUCUAUUACAAUAACUAAGUAACCUCUAUGUUUGUUUAUUAAAAAAAUUAACAUAUUAAAAUAAUAUUAUAAAUGAAAAUAAUUUUUCGUAAAAACAAAAUUCUUUUAUUGAAAAUUGAUAAAAUAUUGAAAAAUUUUUAACAAAAAGGCAGAAAUCUUUUAUUUAUCAUGUAGCACAAUUUUUUUCGCACAAAAACUGCAUUGAUUAGGGAGUAAAUGAAAGAAAGAAUUCUUCUAUAUUUUAAAAGUGAUAUUAAAAAGAAUAAUAAAAAAACAAAACUGUCAAGUGUUAAAGAGUGUGUGCUUUUUUCAAAAAAAAAUUGUCAUAAAGGAUAAUUCAUUUAAAAGUACAAAAGGUAUAUAAUAUAAUACACACAAGCUCAAAAAGUUUUGAUUAAAAAAAAAAAAAAAACAAAUAAAAAGUAAUUUGAUCUAAACUAAAAAAUCUACAAAAAUCGGUGCAAACCGCGUUUAAAGCAGUUCAUUAGACUCUUUUUUUUUAUCAAAAUUCUUUUUUUUUACAAUAAAGUAUUAUAUAAAAGACGUUUAAAUAUUUAUAGACUUGUUUUUUGUACAAAAAAACUUUUAGAUUCCUGCCUAUACUAACUAAGAUAUCGACCUAACGCAUAAAUAUUAACUAUUAAAAAAAGAAUAGAAAGCACAUACAUAUGUGCAUACCUACAAUUUUGGAAAAAACGAAUACUUAUUUCAAACCGCCCACCACAAUUUUUUAGCACAUACAAAAUCAAAAGUAAUAAAUUCAUCAAACGAAAUUUUAAUAAAAUUCUUAAAAGAAAUAUUGAAAUUAGCUUUGUUGAAAAUUCAAUAAGAAAAGAAAACCAAUAUUUUAUAUUUAAUUAAUUAGGAAAAAAAAUUUAUAUAAACUGCACUUUUCUUACAUUUUUUGUAUAUGAGUUCAGAAAUAUUAAUACGAUAAAAGAUAUAAGAACAAAACAAGGAUAACUAUUAAAUUUAUGAAACAAUAAUAUUUAAAUUAAUUAAUAUAGAAAAAGAGCAAUAUUUACAAGUUUACGCAUAUAGGAAAAUAGAAUACUACAAAAAAAUUAUAGCACAAUGGUUUGUUUAUGUGAAAUGAUUGGAUUGGCGUGUUUUGUUGCCUUAGUUUUUAGUUUUUCAUCAAAAGCACCAUAUCAGCUGAAAAUGACAGCUUUCUUCUUCGGUUCCGGAAUAUUAGUUUUAAUAUGGUUGCCAUUUAUGAUAUUUCGACCAAAGGAUUACCGUAAUGCAUUAGUUCCUGCUUGGGGUUGUAGAAUGCUUGGUCAAGCUAUAGGUAUAACAAUGGAAGUUCGCGGUCUUGAAAACGUUCGUAAAGAACAUGGUAGUAUAGUAUUAAUGAAUCAUCAAAGCGCCUUAGAUCUCAUAGUUUUAGCAUAUUUAUGGCCUGUGAUUGGACGAGCAACUGUUGUAUCAAAACGUGAAAUACUAUACAUCCCAUUUUUUGGUAUUGGAGCAUGGCUAUGGGGAACUCUGUUUAUCAAUCGCUCUAAAAGCAGUGACUCCAUAAAAUCACUUAAUAAGCAAUCAAAAGCAAUUCAUGAAAGAAACUGCAAAUUGUUGCUUUUUCCAGAAGGUACUCGUAAUUCAAAUAAAGAUAAGUUAUUACCAUUUAAGAAAGGAUCCUUCCAUAUUGCUACACAAAAUCAAUGCCCUAUACAACCAGUUGUAAUUUCACAUUAUUACUUUUUAAAUAGUUCCAAAAAAAUAUUCAAAAAAGGUCAUGCUAUUAUUCAUAUUUUACCAGAAAUUGAAUCAAAAGGAUAUGACAAGGAUAAUAUAAAUGUUUUAGUAGACGAUUGUCAAAAUAUAAUGCAACAAGAAUACACGAGACUAACUCAAGAAUCAAAACUUAUAAAAAAUAAAAAAACUUAUUAGUUUCAAAGAAUUAAUAAAAAAAAUUAUAUUAAUUACAUUUGUAAUUCCAAAAGUGGAAGUUAGAGUUAUAAUAUUUAUGUAUGUGUAUAAUAUAACAUAUAUAAAAAAAUAUGUAUUUAUUACAAUAUAUAUGAAAAUUAUAAGAAUAAAUCAAUUGGUUAUUUUUUAGCAAAGUAAAAUAUAUUAAAAU